UUCAUUCAGGGGAAAACGAACCUGUGUCGGGGUUGGUGUUUCAGGUAUCCUGGGAUACGCGGCGACCUAGCGCUGACAAAGGGCAUUCAUUGGCAUUGCGCGAUAAUUCUCCGCAUUGCCUAUUCAGAAUUCAUACUUAUCCUAUUUUGGGCACGCGUUUGCUGCCACAUUUCAUUGAGCCUGUGUUAAGCUUCGUUGACUCGUCGUGAUGAACGUGGCUCGGCUUCGCUCUCUGCACAAAUGUGUUUGUAAUAUAAACAGGUAUGCUGUGCACAAGAGGCUACUCCCUGGUACCAGAUGUAUGAGCACAGAAGCAGCUACACUCACCACACCACCAUCUGACACUGAGGAAAAGGUGUACCCGGAGCGGGUGGAGCAGCUGGUGGCGGAAAUCUCGCGGAUGACGCUGCUGGAGGUGGCCGAGCUGAACGAGUGUCUCAAGAAGCGGCUCAACAUCGCCGACACACCCGUCAUGAUGGCAGGCCCGGCGGCCGCCCCCGCCGCCGCAGAGGAGGAGGAGGCCGAGGAGCAGGUGGCGCAGAAGGUGCAGACCAGCUUCACGGUCAAGCUCAACUCCUUCGAUGCGGCCAAGAAGGUGCCGCUGAUCAAGGAGUUGAAGGCCUGCGUCGAGGGCAUGAACCUGGUGCAGGCCAAGAAAUUCGUCGAAUCGGCACCGGCGGUGGUGAAGGCCGACGUCUCCAAGGCUGACGCCGAGAAGCUGAAGGAGAUUUUGGAGGCGGCGGGCGCCGUGUGUGUGAUAGAGUAGCGGCCCGCGCGCGUCGACACGUGACUGGAAGCGGGCCGCCGGCGAACGGGGGGCGCCGUCGCGCCGCCGCGGCGUCUCGUGACCCUGCGUUGACCCGUGCUCGGAGGCAGGGUCGCCGCAUCCCGCGGUAUCUCGUGUCCCUGAGAUGACCCGGGAUCGGGGGCGGGGUCGCUGCGCUGCCGCGGCGUUUCGUGACCCUGCGGUGACCCGUGCUCUGCGGCGGGGUCGCCGCACCCGCGGUGUUUCGUGACCUUGCGGUGACCCGUGCUCGGGGGCGAGGUCGCUGCGCACGCCUUCUGCAGCGCGGGGCGGGCCGUCCCAGACCUGUACAUAGCGGCCGUAGUGGAAUACAUGUGCGACGGGUUUGCA